UCAUGGAGCCCCUCGCAGAAAUGUUUAAUGUGAGUCGGGGUAUUAAUCCCUUUUCUGCUAGAUCUGUGCUGUUCAAAACGGUUCGAUCGUUAGCUCUUAGCAAUAUGGAAUACUAUCAGGACGAUAUGAGUAGCUACAAGGAUCGUCUGUACACAGCAUUUUCAAAUAUGCACGAUCAUUUAGAAAAAGUUGAACCGUACAUGGAAAUCUUGCAGGCAAUCGGUGCAAAAUACGAUUUCGACGCGACGACACCGGGAAAUGGAUAUCGCAGCAUCGUUCAAGUUAUAGACGCCUGUGUACUCAAACUACUGAGGAUCUCUAGAGACGUUUGUCUGAAUCGCGAGUCGUUUCUCUUUCUGGCUGGACAUAAAUGUAGGGACGUGGAAGCAUAUACGGACGUGUUGGGAGUGCUUCGGCAGUCACUAAAAUACUUCAUAGAGUUCGACACGUGGUGUGAUGAUGGGCAGCUAUUCCCACAUGAGAAAAACGUUCCGUGGGACAUAUUACGAGAGAUGGAAACUUUCAACCACGCAGCUUUCCACGGCAGAGCCGUGGCAUUUCAAUACUGUGGCUCCCUGUCUAAGCCUCUGCAAGUUGUGUCCGUUGCCAUGGCAUCGUUCAGCGAGGGCUUCUACAAACACGCUAACGGAAACAUGAUGCAGCGAGCGACCACGUCACUGCUUCACAGCGGCAAAUACCUGCUCAACCCUGAAAUGAAAGGACAACAGAUUGUGAACGUUACGAAAAACGCGAGCAUACAGUUCUGCAAGGCAUUCUGGAACAUACCGGAGACGGAUGUGUUUCAUCAACUGCCUCAGUGGAUGACUCCUCAGGCGAGCGUAAAUCGGCUGUUCAGCAUUGAGCCGCAUGGCUUCACGCUUCCUCGCCGUGACGGCUGCGGCAGCUUCGACGUCCCCCCACCGACCGCACACAAGGGACCCGCGCCCGUGCACGUGCGUCUGCUGUCCUACAUACCCAGGAAGGGUCAGUUUGACGCGUCGCUGCCCGGCGUGGAUGCUCCGCAGCCCCUCUACACGACCGAGCGUUCGCGCUGUCUCAUCAUACACUGUCAUGGCGGCGGCUUCGUCGCCCAGUCGUCCAAGUCACACGAGAUCUAUCUGCGCAUGUGGACGAAGGAUCUACAGGUUCCGAUACUCUCCAUCGACUAUUCGCUCGCGCCCGAAUCACCGUUCCCCAGAGCUUUAGAGGAGAUCUUCUUCAUUUACUGUUGGGCUUUGAAAAACUGCCACCUACUGGGAUCGACAGGUGAGCGAAUCUGUGUUGUCGGUGACUCGGCGGGCGGUAACCUGGUCACUGCGCUCACGCUUCGCGCGAUCACGAACGGUGUCAGGGUCCCGGACGGACUGCUCACGAUCUACACGCCAUUUGUCGCCCUCUACACGCCGUCGCCCUCCCGCCUGCUCAGCAUGCUGGACCCACUGCUGCCCCUCGGCAUCCUAGCCAGGUGUCUCGCAGCGUACGCAGGGCUCUCACCGCAGGAGUGUCCCGAGCUUCCCCCCGAGCCGGCCCUCCAGCGAAGCUCCUCCACCAGCAACAUCCGCGAAGACAUCCUCUCCUUCCUCGGCAGCUUCAACCGCUGGACCACCGCGGCGCCUCCGCCGGCGCCCACUGAUGCGGUCCAGCGCUCGCGCAGCACGGUCGACUUCACGGACGAGAUCGCGACGCCCCCUGCCGCCGCGGCACCGACGCCGAAAGUGCGCCGCAUGAGCUGCACGAGCAUCUCCGAACGAGACGACGACGACGACGACGACGACGACGGGGAUUGUGGCGCCCCCGCGGUCACGUUCGGUCUCGACGAUCUCGACGAGACGAUGGAGGAGGACGAGGAUGAGGGAGCGGAGAAGAAGGAGGAGGAGGAGGUCGCGGUGCCGGGGCUUCAGCGGCCGUCGUCGGCAGGGAGGCUGCGCCGGCGCAGUCUGAAGCUCAACGGCAUCAUUCCGACGCACGGUGGCGCCCCCACGCACGGCUGUGCCUCCGCACGCGACAGUGACGGUGGCGCCCCCACUUGCGACAUCACCCCUACGCAUGGCAGCGCCCCCGCACGCGACAGCAAUGAUGGCGCUCCCAACCAGACCGUUCACGCGGGCGUUAAUGGGACGGUGGAGGCGCCACUGCACGUGACGAUUCCGGACGCGGCAGACAAGGAACAGCAGCAGACGACGUACCGUCACACGGCGCAGAGUCCCGUCGUCUCACCGCUCGAGCAGUUCAUUCACCUGAAGAUUGAUCGCAACCCGUUCAUGUCGCCGUUGUUUGCAGACGACAGCUUGCUGCGAGAGAUGCCGCCCACCACCAUCAUGGCGUGUCAUCUGGACCCGCUGCUGGACGACUCGGUGAUGUUUGCGAAGCGUCUGCGCGCGCUGCGCCGCGACGUGCGUCUGCACAUGUUCGAGCAGCUGCCCCAUGGCUUCCUCAACUUCACAGUCGUCAGCAGCGACGCAAAGCAGGCGUCCGAGAUGUGCGCCGCGCGGCUGGGAGAGCUGCUGGGACUGCAGCAGGAGGGACCGUAG